AUGAGUCAAGUCCAUGUUAUCAUCGUCGGGGCCGGCGUCAUCGGUCUCAGCAUCGCAGUCAAAUUAUCCAAAUACCGGAAAGUCACCGUCGUCGCGAGAGAGUUACCGGGAGAUGUUGGCAUUGACUACGCCUCCCCAUGGGCAGGGGCACAUUUCCGCCCCACCCCCGCAAAAACAGACGAGGAACGAAGAGAACAGGCUUACAUGCGACAAACCUAUCAAGAAUUCGAGGAGAUCGCGAAAAACCACCCGGAGGCGGGCGUGGAUUUCAUUACAGCAGUCGAAUAUUUCGAUACCGCCGACGCGACCUCGUUCCUAGCAGAAGAAAAUGGCUACACCACAUGGCCGGAAUUUCGUAUUCUCGACCCUACGCAAUUACCCCCUCAACAUCCAUCUAUCCAGCUAGGCGUCACCUACCGUAGCUGGGUGCUGAACUCGCCUGUUUAUCUGAAGUGGUUACAGACACGGGCAGAGGCGCAAGGAACUCGGUUCAUUCGAGCUACUUUGACGGACCUCGAACAGGUUGUAUCUGUCUAUCGGGAAAAUAAAUCCCGAGAUGAGAGCGAUCACGUUACGGCUGUGGUCGAUGCAAGUGGGAGGGGAUUUAAUGAUCCCAACUCUUUCCCCUCCCGGGGUCAGUUCAUUAUCGUCUCGAAUCACUGUGAUAAAACUAUCAGUCAUCACUGGGGUGAUGGUUCCUCUACGGUCAUUAUACCCCGACCUCUAGGUGGUGGGACCGUCAUUGGCGGGACGAAGGAGCCUAAUAACUGGUCUGAGGACAUUGACGAUGCUUCAACUGAAGCCAUCCUGAAGAGGGUGAGAGACCUAUGUCCCGAGAUGAUCGACGGGCAGGCAGAUGAACUAGCUUCGACGAAUGGGUUUGAUAUAAAGCAAGUCUACGUUGCUCGGCGCCCAAUGAGACGUGGAGGACUCCAUUUUGUCAUGAAGCAAUUGGUGGGCCAUCCUGGUCUUCCCCUGAUCGCUUGUUACGGUGCUGGAGCAAACGGGUACAAAAUUAGCUGGGGAUUGGCAGCUGAAUUUGACUGGGUCUUCCCCCCCCCAAAG